AUGGAAGAAAAGGAAAUUCAUGCGCCGGGUGUCCUUGUGUCUCACGAACAGGUUCCCGUGAGCGAAGGAUCAGGUUCAACGACGAACGCCCCGGGUACUAAGGCGAAGACGGUACAUAACGCCGAACUUUUCGCAGCGCUCCAAGAGACCAAGAUCGACUAUAAAAGCAAAUAUUCAAUACACCUUUACUUCUCUAUCUUUGUCGCAUUUUGUUGCGCUUGCGCCAACGGAUAUGAUGGAUCGCUCCUUACUGGCAUCGUCGCUAUGGACCAUUUCCAAAACACGUUCCAUAGCGGUAAGACGGGUACUCUUGUCGCAUUGAUGUUUUCUCUCUACACCGUUGGCGCUAUGGUCGGCGCCCCAUUCGCUGCCAUUGUCUCCGAUAGACAUGGCCGUAGGGUUGGUAUGUUUUGCGGCGCGGUUAUAAUUAUCGUGGGGAUGAUCAUUGUUGCCACCGCUUCUACGAUCCCGCAAUUCGUCGUUGGUCGUUUCGUCCUUGGGUUGGGUAUUUCCUUCAUGACUAUUGCCGCACCAGCUUAUGCUGUGGAGAUCGCGCCUCCUCACUGGCGAGGUCGAGCUACUGGAUUUUAUAACUGCGGCUGGUUUGGUGGUGCUAUUCCCGCAGCUGCAGUCGUCUACGGAUGCAAUAGGAUCGAUAACGACUACUCUUGGAGAAUCCCGCUAAUCGUCCAGGCGCUCGCUUGUGUAGUGGUAUUAUUCGGUGUUUGGGUUAUCCCCGAAUCGCCUCGAUUUUACAUGGCCAAUGGCCGAGAGGAGGAGGCUAUAGACUUCUUGGCAAAGUAUCACGGGAACGGCAAUCCUAACUCUAAACUCGUGCAGCUCGAAGUUGAAGAGAUGAAGGAAGGCAUUCGCCAAGAUGGCAUUGACAAGAGACCUUGGGAUUAUCGCCCUUUUCUUUUGAGCCAUAGUGGACGUUGGCGAAUCGUCCAAGUCCUAAUGAUUUCUAUUUUCGGUCAAUUUUCUGGUAACGGAUUGGGUUACUUUAACACUACCAUCUUCGAGAUCAUCGGCGUGACAUCCGUUGAGCAACAGCUAGCCUACAAUCUCCUCAACUCCGUGCUCUCCGCCGUCGGUGCUUUAACGGCAGUGGCUCUCACGGAUACUAUGCCCCGGCGAAAGGUACUGGUCCUUGGAACAUUCGCCUGCGCUGCUGCCUUGGCCACUAAUUCUGGCCUUUCCGCUGCGCUAGAUGCUCAAGGAGAGAAUAUCCAGGAAUCCUACGCCAAGGGUGCAUUAGCAUCUUACUUCUUAUUUAACAUCAUUUUCUCCUUCACAUACACACCGCUCCAGGGCGUUAUCCCCACAGAAGCUCUGGAGACGACCACUCGAGCCAAGGGUCUUGCCUUCUCCAACGUUAUCGUAUACGCCAUGGGUUUCAUAAACCAGUUUGCUGGACCGAUCGCUCUGGGGAAUAUUCAAUACAGAUAUAUUUACGUUUUCGUAGGAUGGGAUAUUAUUGAAGCCGUACUUUGGUAUUUCUUUGGGGUCGAAUCGCAAGGGAGAACACUUGAGGAACUUGAAUGGGUUUAUAACCAACCCAAUCCCGUUAAAGCUUCACUUCAGGUUGACAAGGUUAUCAUCCGGGAAGACGGCAGGGUGGCGGAGAAGGUGGUUACGAGCAAUGCAUGA